GUUAAUACAUACGAGAGGUCAGUGCACGUCACGUAGUUAUUAUUCGGAGUUGAGAAUUUUGUGCAAAUUUAUCAAUCCCGAGGUGUAACAAGAAAGAUUUCCUGAGACUCUCUCGCGGUAAGACAUUGCGAGAAAAUACGCGGAGGUCUCAGGUAUUGCAGAUUGAAAAUUGAAGACUUCUACACAGAAGAAGUGUUCGCGUACUUGAGUGGUAUAACGCUGUUGUAUGUAAUCGUGGUAUUGCUUUUGAAAACUUUAUUUUGUUAAAAUACAGGCGUCUCUUUGGCGUCUGUAAAGGGCAGACAGAGUGUGUGACAGGUUAUGUCAACUGGAUUGGCAGGUGCUGUUUCAAAUCAGCGGAUGAAAGGACAAACCAACAGUCAAGUGAGCAAUGGUCCUAAAGAACACCAGCAACAACCACAGACAGAACAUGCUGGUGGAGAAGAUACUGGAUUCGAUUCAUGGAGAGGAGGCAACAAUACGCAUCAUUCAAGUUAUCCAAUUGGUACUGGUGACCCAUAUAGUACUUACUAUGCAGGUACAUCGUUCCCUUAUCAAACAUUUGGUGCCGGGGAUGGUACAUGGUCAAACGGAACAGAUCCAGUUACAUUUCUUUCCGGAUAUGGAGGUCAAAUAGGUCAUGAUGCAUAUAGUAUGGAUGGAAUGUUCUCUGCUAGCGCAGGAGGUGGUUUUAGUACAUUUGGUCAACCUGCUUUCAAUUAUUUUCAUGGAAAUGGCGAUUUUAGUGCUUGGGGCACUCCAAGGAAAACACGCUAUGAAGAUUACUAUCAGGCACCACGUGGAAAUGAAAAUUAUCCGACACCUAGCAAUACCGAAAUUAAGACUAUUGAGCAGAGUGUACAAGGCUUGUCUUUAGGAAGUGGAGAAGUUCCACGACAAGAACAGCAAACUACAUCUAAUCAACAGAUAAAACCAGAGGCAAAAGAACCUAGGAAGAUAACAUGGGCCAGUGUUGCGAGCCAACCUGCCAAGCCAGUACCUCCCCUUUCAUCUUCCCAAGGAAUGAGAAAGAAGGCUGGUAUGCCUCCACCACCUAUUGUGCCUGGAAAGCAUAAUAUGGAUAUUGGAACAUGGGGUGAAGGUAAAUCAUCUGCUCCUCCUCCAACAGCACCACCGCCACCACAGGUACAACCUCCUGUUCCACCACCUCCACCAUUAGUUCAAAGACAAAGACCUCCACCUCCACCAUGUUGGAAUAGACAGCCUACAACACCUCCAUCACCUCCACAAUCACAGAUUCAUAUGCCACAACAACAACAGCAUCAACAACAACAGCAUCAACAACAACAGCAUCAACAUCAACAACAGCAACAUCAGCAGCAGCAACAGCAACAACAACAACAGCAACAUCAACAACAUCCACCACAACACCCACAACAGCAUCAACAGCAACAGCAAUUACAACAGCAACAGCAGCAGCAGCAGCAGCAACAGCAGCAGCAACAGCAGCAGCAGCAGCAGCAGCAGCAGCAGCAGCAGCAGCAGCAACAGCAGCAGCAGCAGCAGCAGCAACAGAUUGUACAAUCACAAUCUCAUCCUGUUUUGGAUGAAUUGAAAGUGAAAAAUGAUUAUAAUCCUGUAGAAUUUGAUCAAACCGCUCCUGGAGCUAGGUUUUUUGUUAUUAAAUCUUAUUCUGAAGAUGAUAUUCAUAGAUCCAUUAAAUAUGAAAUUUGGUGUAGUACCGAGCAUGGUAACAAAAGAUUAGAUCAAGCGUAUAGAGAAGCCAGUCGUGAAGGUGCACCUUUAUAUUUAUUCUUUUCUGUGAAUGGAUCUGGCCAUUUUUGUGGCAUGGCACAAAUGGUGUCACCUGUUGAUUACCAGAGUAAUAGCUCUGUUUGGUCUCAAGAUAAAUGGAAAGGUCAAUUUCGUGUACGUUGGAUUUAUGUAAAGGAUGUUCCUAAUGUGCAACUUCGUCACAUUAAAUUAGAAAAUAAUGAGAAUAAACCAGUAACAAACUCAAGGGAUGCACAAGAAGUCCCUCAUGCGAAAGGAGUGACAGUGUUACGUAUAUUGCAUACUUAUCGACAUUCGACUAGCAUCUUUGAUGACUUUGGACAUUACGAACGUAAGCAGGCAGAAGAAGAUCAGCGUAAAGCACCAUCAAAUGCUAUACAGCAUCAUCACUCUUCUAAUCAUAGAAACAGAGGACAUUCUGAUAUGCCAAGAGAUCAUCAUCUGCAUCAACCACACUUGCAUCAUCAACGCAAAGACCGUGAUGGUGGUCGUGGUAGAGGUAGAGGAGGUUCACGCCAGUAGCGGUGGAUACAACAAAAAUAUACUACUAUUCAUGAUAGUAAUCAUCAUAAAGGAAGCACGCUGCGACUAAUUAUCGUCAUACUACUUACCUUUGCUUUCGUGAAUACACAAAGGGCUUCUAAUUCCUGUGACCGAACUCUCACCAUUGAGACUAUCUCCUUCUGUUAAAUAAUCAACUUGUAUGAUAAUUAGCGUCGCGUCGGCAUCAUAAAUAUUAUCUAAUCAUAACUACUAUGAAGAGGAACGUAAUUCACUUUCACGGGAUAUCGAGUUAAACUUGCUGACAGUUAAGCAUAUAGUGUGGUGUUGCGUGCUAUUCGUCGAAAAGGUGUUUCUUAAACGUACAAAUUAAAAAUGAAAGAAAAAAAUGAAAUAUGGAAGAAGAAAAACUGUAAUAUGUGGACUAACCCUUGUAAAAUGCUUAAACUUUUGUUGAUAAUGAAAAAAAUCUAUGCGAGAACAAUAUUGUAAGCAAGUGUCAUUUAAAUCAAUUACCAUUUUAAACUUCGAUGGACAUAUAACCUGGUGCCUGUGGCUGAAAGGACUCUCACCUUUCUUUGUUAAAAAGGUGCAAGGGCUUAUUACAACAUUUUAAGUUUAUUUGUAACAAUUAUGCUUGAUCAUUGGAUAAUAAUAGAAAUUAUUGUCACCUGAUUAUUUUAUGCAUAUUCUAUAUCUAUUGCAAAUUAUAUAUAUAUUACCUAUUAUUAUAUUAUUCAUGGACUGCAAAAACGAUCUAAAACAAUAUAUAAUGAAAAGAAUAUGAUAUUACAGUUACUCUAUAGUAACAUAUAUGAUGAUGAAUAUUAUUCUAUUUGAUGAAAAUUUCAA